AUGUGGGCUUUUGAAACUGGGCUCAAUGACGACGAUAUGCGAGAGAUCCAGCGCCGGCGAAAGGCAUACGCGCAAGAGUUGGACGAACAGAUUGCGAUACGUCGGAUGCAUCAACACAAGGAGCAGAUGGAGCGCGAAGAGCUAGAGCGCAAGCUUGCACCAAGCGAGCGCUCGCCAUCCAAGUGGCUGGUCGAAGGAGGCCAUUUGGACGUACCAACAACUUCCCAAUGGCCAUGGAAAAUACGACAGAAUGAAGAACAAAGACAGGACCGAGGUGCCGCUACAUCCGAAGCGAGCAGUAUGUCAUCGUCCCAUCCGCGCUUUCGAAUCACCGAUGCUAGCGAGACCAGCCAGAGACUGCGGGAACGCGCGCAAAAGAUGCACUGGAAGAGAAUUUUGGAUGAACAGGUGGAGGAAAAGUCGAGAUUAAAACAUCAAGAAGAGAUGGAGAGGAGACGCAGCGAGGAAAGUGCGGCGAGGGAAGAGGUGCGCUACCUUCAAGAGCAACAGCAACGAGCACAGCGACGACUGGGAUACGUUUUGUCAGCAAGUAAUGCCGAGGCAAUUGAGAAGAGAACGGAGUCGAAAUCUCCGUGUCACGUAUUACCGUCACCGCCGGAGUUGAUUGCAAGAAAACAGCGGAAUGAUUUACAAUCGACUACAAACAACUUGGAGGGUAAAGACACGUCGACGUAUUAUCACAGUGAUCGGCAGGAUGGAAGUCGAGGUGUUGCAGAAUCGCUUUCGUGUCCGCCUCCUCCCUCACGAAAUCAAGUGCCACAACAGAAUGAACGGAAUCAUUUGAAUGAUGGUGGCUACGAUACAUGCGAUCGUAGCAAAGACAGUGGAAUUGCGACGAGACACGUACAUUCUCAGGGAAACGAUGUGGAGGCUACACACCAGCAGAUGAAGCAGCAAAGUCGAAUGAUUGAGGAGUACCGCUCGCUGCUAGCAGAAAUUCGUCAUGAACGUCAAGAACUUCGACGAGAACGAGAUGAGAUACGGCGCGAAAAGGAAGAGUUACGUGUGCAGCAAGUGCUGUUGCAACUUGAGAACGAAAAAAUGGCAAAUUUGGUGGAUGCACAGCGGGCACUAAAUGAGCAACACCAGUUGGACCUUGCGACUGAGCAGAUAAAGCAAGCUCAGCACCUGGCCCAACAACAGCAAAAACAGGCAAUGGCGUAUCAGCACCGACAGUCGCCUGUUCAGUCUGUGGACUUCACAUUGGAUAAUAUGCGUAGAGGUAUCGAGCGUCCGAGGCAGCAGGGCGAUGAUCCUGAAAUGAAGGCAUAUUCGCGACUGGGUCAGAUUCAGCAGACUCUAGCCGAUUCACAUAUUCACGAUGGGCAGCUUCAGCCAGUAUCACUAAGGAGACGAAGGAAACCACCAAGCCCAAUGUCAAUGGCCGACUUUUCAGCGCCAACACCUAACAAGCGUACCACCACAAACAUUGUGGAUCUGCCAGGCUUCCAGCGAUUGUCACAAUACCGUCCGACCUCGGCCAAUCCAGCCCACGACGAUAGCGUGCUGAAUCAGUCCCUAAUUGGCGAAAGUGUCUUCGUUCCGUUAAGCCCUAAGUCACAGAACCAAUGUACUAGCGAACCGGCACCGGGGACUGCUUCGUCUCCAGCUUCAGGAGACAUUGACAACCACCGUCCACAUUCUCUACGAAGCAGUCGUGUUAUCAAAAGCCGAGGUUUCUACGACUUUGAGCAGGAGUUCAAGAGUAGUAACAAGGCCGACUUUUUUUCAAGUGGAUCUAUCAGUGGCAGCGAUAUUGGACUGGACCUUGAGAACAGCUUGUACAAUGACGAUGACGAAUACGAUGCAAGUGGCACAGAGGAUUAG